AUGGCCCUGUUUUAUACUGGUUGUUUAACUUUUCCAGAACGUAGGGAAACGAAUCAUAAAUUUCAUAUGUCGACCAAAAACUAUGUACCUGCUUCCAUUUUCGUUUCACGUUAUCAUAAACCCCACAUUACGUAUAAAACGCUCUAGAACCUUGUUCCUGAGAAAGUGAUAGUUAGAAAGAUGAAGGAGAUAGAGGAACUGUGGAGGGAAGUGAGGGAUUUGAGCUUGGGAAACAGUGGAAGAGUAGAGAGACUAGAGUUUCCACCUAACCCAGUUGAGUUCCUGAGAGACUUCAUCACCCCAAACAAACCAUGCAUAAUCUCCAACGCCAUCUCUCACUGGCCCGCACUCUCUUCCUGGCCCAACCACUCCUACCUCUCCCAAACCCUCUCCGCCGCCACCAUCUCCCUCCACCUCACCCCCACCGGCGCCGCCGACGCCCUCUCCCCUCUCCACUCCUCCCUCUGCUUCGCCUCCGCGCACGUGCAGCACGUGCCCUUCCCCGAAGCCCUUAGCCUCAUCUCCAAUUCCGAACCCCACAAGCUUGUGGCUUACGCGCAGCAACAAAACGAUUGCUUUCGCUCUGAGUAUUCGUCUCUCGCCGCUGACUGUGACCCCCACCUCGGUUGGGCCACCGAAGCUAUUGGCUCUGAGCCCGAAGCUGUGAAUCUUUGGAUUGGUAACCAACAUUCCCAAACCUCGUUCCACAAGGAUCAUUACGAGAAUCUCUACGCUGUUGUCACUGGGGAGAAGCACUUCAUCUUGCUGCCACCCACUGAUGUUCAUCGCUUGUACAUUCAACAGUACCCUGCUGCCACUUACACAUAUUCUUCGGACACAGGAGAGUUCGAUUUGGAGCUUGAGAGGCCAACAAGGUAUGUGCCUUGGUGCAGUGUGGAUCCUUAUCCUUCUGAGGAGACCGUGGAUGAUGAGAUGGCCAAAUUUCCUCUGUACUUCAAUGGCCCUCGGCCUUUUGAAUGUACUGUGAAGGCCGGGGAGGUUCUCUAUUUGCCUAGCAUGUGGUUCCAUCAUGUUAGACAGAGUGCGGAGGAUGGAGGAUUGACAAUUGCAGUUAAUUAUUGGUACGAUAUGCAGUUCGAUAUUAAGUAUGCUUAUUUCAACUUCUUACAAUCUAUUCAAUUUCGAUCUACUCCAAGUCCAUUGCUAAAGGAUAAAUUGGCUGAGAUAGAUUCAGAUCCUGACGAAUAUGAAUCUUGAUGAAUUCUCAUUUCUCAGCCAGCCAUAUUUAAUGAAUUGAAUUCAAGUGAAUGCUGAAGACCAAAAGUAAAUGGUACUUCAUCAAACUCCUUCAGGAAACAGUGUGAGAAAACAUUAUUUCUCAAACCGUGCAGCUACUUGUUCGACGGUGACAUAACUUUGCCCAGUGCCAACACAAUUUUGUCCUUCAUUUCUAACACACGAUGCCCAUUUUCCCCAUUACCAUGUUCUUUUCAGCCUUAUUGCUGGGCUUGUCUUGUUGAGCAAAUUGUCCCAAGACAGGUUGUGUUGUGUCUAGUACCACAAACAACCCAUUGUUUCAUACAUUUGUGUUCUGCAAUAUCCAUAAACUGUUUAGCAUUUGUUCUCAAGAUAAAUUAUGGAUGUUUCUGUUAGGAAAAAAAUGUCUGUAUUACUGAAGUGAGGAAAUUAUUAUAUUUUUGUUUCA